AGACAUAGGAGCUUUCAAGGCGGGUAACAAAUGAGUUUACAGAUAUGCACAUCAGUGUCGAGAGUGUACGACGUACAGGAGCGAUGUAUUAUCGCAAAUAGCUCUAGCGGAGUUUUUUUCGAUUGCAAAGCAAAAAGGAUUCAGUAAUAACAUAGGAAGGGCAUUGUAUUUGACUCAUUUUGUUGGUGGCUGGCAACACUUCCCCUUUGACGUCUCGACAGAGAGUUGAACUAGCCGUAAGGAGAACCCAAAUGAGUGGAAACGGGAACAUGGGCUCGACGGAAGCAAAUCCAACUCCCGGUCGCUUCUCGCACUGCACCCUGUUGGCGAACGUCGAUGCGUACAAUCCCGAUACGCUCGAUCUUUAUCAGGAUCCGGAGGCGAAUCGAUACUGGUUCGCCUGCUUCAAAGACAUGGUGCUCAAGUUCGAGCGGCAGGCAAUGGCAAGUCAAUCGAAGGAUGCCAGCGCUGCAGCCCGUGCCCAAUCUUUCCGCGAGCACUGUGCGGAAAUGCUCGUCCAGCUGCAGGAGGGCACACGAGAAACGCCAUCAUUGGGUAUCAGAAACCUGCUGGAGGUAAUCGAAAGUGCUCUCCGAAAGUUUGGCUUCGAUGACCCUUGGAAGGAGCAAAAGACGAUCGAAAAUAAAGCAUCGAUCGGUAUGCUAAAGCCGCGAUUGCAGCAACUCGACAGCAUAGCCUCCCGGAGGGAAAAGUGGACGGAGAUUGUACGUGGUGUACUAGCUGGUAAUAUGUUCGAUUGGGGCGCCCAGGCUGUGACAAAAAUUUUAGAAACAAACAAUGGAUUCGGCCUACAGCAGGCUCUAGAUCGGAUACAGAAAAGGCCCUGGUUAAUCGACGACCUAGACGGGUGGCUCGACAGAAUGGAGCACGAUCCACCACACCGCUGUGCGACGAUUUUCACUGACAACGCGGGCAUCGACUUCGUGUUAGGGAUUGUGCCCUUGGUUCGCGAACUGUUGAAGCGCAACACGAAGGUGCUGCUGUGUGCGACCAUCAAUCCGGCGAUAAACGAUAUUACGUACUCCGAGCUAACGAAAGCUAUUGCCGAUUGCUGCGAAGAGUGCGACAUACUACGAGACGCCUACAGCAAGGAACAUCGGUUGUUGCUGUUUGGCAAUGACCAGAUCGGACCCUGCCUGGACUUUAGAGUGCUUUCAAAAGAUUUAUCGGACGCAAUCGAACAAAACGACGUCGAUUUAUUGAUUAUUGUCGGAAUGGCUCGUGCAUUGCACACCAACCUGUACGCAAAGUUCGCGUGCGAAACAUUCAAACUGGCUGUCGUAAAGAAUGAAUGGUUAGCUAAACGGCUAGGUGGCGAAACUUUCUCCGUGGUAUGUAAAUACGAACGGUAAUAUUACUUUAAAUGUUAUGACCAACCAAGGAUCGGCCCUUCGGAUACCGGAUCUAAACCAUGAAAACAUCAAUGAACUGUGCUGAAAGAACUAAAAUAAAUAUUGAACGCGUUGAUUA